GAUGGAUGAUGAACUAUGGUGAAAGAAGAAAGCUGUCACCCUAACCAACUCAAGUGUCAUAAUUUCGUAAUAUUUGCAAACCUAAAAAUCAUCUAAACAAUACUUAGAAAUUGGUGUAAUGCAUAAAUUCCUCGUUCAAAAUGUCAAUAAACAUUAUCGGCCCUGACUUAGGUGUAGCGGGGGCCAAUAAGAAUAAAAAUAAAACGUGUUUGCGGUCAGAAUGCCGGUUUUUACGGCGAACAUACCGAGUCUCCUCAAAGUUGGAGACAGAAUCGAGAUCGGCGGCAAAAUCAAGGAGAAUGCGAGAAAGAUGUCGGUGAACCUCUGCGCUCAAGAGGGGGAGGAGCCGCGCGACGUGGUGCUCCACUUCGACGUGCGGUUCCACCGGGACAACAUCAUCUCCCUCUCUCGCAAGAACGGCAUCUGGAUCGGCAGCGGGAAUUACGACACCAACUAUAACAUGUUUGUGCCUGGCACGCUCUUCCGCAUCAUCUUCGAGAUAAAGGACACGGAUGUGAUCACCAUCUACUGCCAGGGCAAGUUCCAUUCCAACUUCCUGCCGAAGAUCCCUCUCACCAUGGCGCGAUACAUCGUGGCUUGGGCUGACGUGGAUAGGAUCACGCAUUGUUUCUUCCAUCUUGGAAAUAAGGCUGUCGGAGGCGAUGAAGCAGGUCCACCAGGCGCCUUCGCACCGCCAUCCCCUCGCCCCGGCCUGGUCGCGGGAGAUACUAAACGAGUUCCAAGAGCCCACAAGAAGUCGGCACCAGGAUCUCCCCAGCUGCAUUCGUCAAACGAAAGUUCUGAUGAUGAUGGCAAGAGACCGAAGGCCGAAGGGCGAGCCGACCGCUUCUUUUACGAAACCCUCAUGUGCCAGCAGCCUGACCACGCCAAAUUCUCGCCAGAAAUGAAAUACAGAAGAGACCCAGCACAGGCUAGAAGCAAAGUAGAUUAUAGAAAGUACAGAGACGCCUCCGAUUCAGAGAAGAACGAAAGCGAAGAUUAUUCCGAAGAAAUCGCGUCGAAAAACAUGGAUUCUUCUGUAGCAGAAUCGGACGAUGUACUCCAAGAGUUGGGGAUGAAAAAAAGGGUUAGAAGGGCAUCGAACCUGAGUCCUGAGAACUUCCAGGUCGGCCGAGGCAAAUCUCUACCAGUAGAAGACAAUAACAGCGAAGUAAACUCCACUCCAACUGAAUGAAUUCUGAUAAAAAAAUAACUCAACCAAAACAUUUAAAUACACAUUUAUUGAAAUUUUUCAUUUGUAUAAAUGCUUGACCAACUAAAAUUACCAAAUUAUUAUCUACAUAAUUUGCUAUUAAUACAUUUGCUAUAGCCCCUUAAUAUUUAUACACAGAAAAUUAAAUAAUCAUUAAUUGAAGUCUAACUCACAUUUGUAUUAAAAUCAAGACACUUAUUGAUAUUUAAAUUAUAUUAAAAAUUAGAACACUGACGGUGAUUUUGUAAAAUUAAAAGAAAAACUAAAAUUUAUGCUAGCCAUCAGAUUCUUAAAUAAUGUCCUGUCCUGUUUUAAAACCUGAAGUUGUCAGGAAAAAAAGAAAUUACCUAAGCGAGUCUCACUGUGAAUCUUACAAUUAAAAAAAUAUAAAA